CCAAGCGACCGGUGGAGCGUCACCGUGGAAAUUAAAAUCAUCUUGGGCAGAGUUGUCGACAGACAGCCUUUGUGGAAUUCUACUUUUGUUUUUUUUUUCGUUUGUUUUUCUCCAAAUCAGACAUGUUGGAUACAUACCUGAGCGGUGAAUGACUCGGCGAGGUGGUCCAGAAGCGAGACGGCAACCGAGAGCGGCAGCAGAAGAAGCCGGGCCAGGAUGAACCUGAUCGGGGGCUAUCAGCACCACCACCAUCACCACCACCACCUCGUGCACGAGCCCUUCCCGUUCGUGCAACGCUGCCACCAGGACUCGCCCUACUUCCAGGGCUGGGUGCUCAACCACGGCGAGGUGCCUGCGGACUUCCAGAUCCAGGCGCCCUACCCGGCAGGCGCGGAGCUGACGCCGGCGGCCGCCGCCGCCGCUUCGCAGCACGACCACGCCCGCCUGGAGGGCCUGCAGGUCGGCAUGGCCAAGCGCCGGGCGGCGGGUCCCAAGAAGGAGCGCCGGAGGACGGAGAGCAUCAACACGGCGUUCGCCGAGCUGCGGGAGUGCAUCCCCAACGUGCCCGCCGACACCAAACUGUCCAAAAUCAAGACGUUGCGCCUGGCCACGAGUUACAUCGCGUACCUGAUGGACGUGCUGGCCAAGGACGCCGGAGACACUGAAGGCUUCAAGGCCGAAAUUAAGAAAUUUGAAAACCGGGACCUGAAAAGGAAGAGGGACCUGAACGAAGGCCCACCGCAGGACUCGUUCGGUACCGAGAAGAAGGUGAAGGGCCGGACCGGGUGGCCGCAGCAGGUUUGGGCUCUGGAGCUCAACCAGUAACCCCCCCCCCCCAUUCCUCCUCCACGCCCAUCUCCCCAGGAAAAAGAAAAAAAAAAUCAUCGAAAGAACCCCAAAAAACCACUUGUCCGACUGUACAUGAACGCAUCAUCCAUCUGAAGAUAAAAGGACUGUUAAAUAUUCUCUCCUGCUGUUUGUUGAAUAUGUAUCAUAUUUAUCCUCUCCGUCUUGUUGUGUCGCAAGCGUCCCACGAAAAAUAGUUUAAAUUAUGUUUAAAAAAAUAAAUUAUUAAUUUUGGGGUGGGGUUGGGAUUUCAAGUUUGCUAAUUGCAACACGUGUACUCUCCAUUUUGCAAUUUUAUUUGGGGAUCUGGUAGAAUUUCCUUUAUUUUUGGGGAGGUGUCACCUUUUUUUUGGGGGGGGGGUUGUAUUGGCACAUUUUAGUUCUUGGUCAUUUUUGUGCGUGGCAAUUAUGUGUUAGUUACUCAAAGUCACCUCAUUUAAUUGAAUAUACCUUUGAAAAAAAAGUUAAAUGACACCAUUUGAUAUUUUCUAAGGAGUGUGAAGCCAUACUGAGGCAAAAGACGUUAACAUGUUUUAUUUCCAUUGUUUUGUUGUAUAAUAAGAAUGCCAAUCUACCUCAUCGUGCUCACUGUCCGCUUGAAUCGACACACUCGAAUGUUGUUCACUUUAAACGCAACUUGACACGCUUCCAAACAAGAUAAAAAAUAUAAUGAUAAUAACGAUUUCAACUGUUUGUUAUUAUUUGUGCGAAACGUGGAUGGGAAUGUACGUUAUACGUGAAGUCGUUUAAUAAAUUGAUAAUUAUUUUAUCAUG